AAUAAAGUAUUAGAAUGAGCGCAUUAAUAUUACAGCUGGAACUACUUGUGAAUAAUGCACACCUUCAAACCCAGAAGUGUGACCUUUUAGUUUAUCCCACCUACCCUAGAAAAACGGAUCGCCUCCUGCAUUAUGAAUCAGCUAACCAAUCGUACUUACUGUCAGUCUGCCGAUCAAAUAGCGUUAUUAUUGGACAGGAUAUGAAGUGUUGGCCAAUCGUAUUCCGGGAUGUGGGACUUUCCGGAAUACGUGUGGGAAAAUAAAUAAGGUUGAUAUUAGCUGACUACUUCCGCUCUUGCGCACAAGGCACAUGUUUGUGUUGCUAAUAAAUAUAAGGUCUCCCUCCUCUGGAUGGAGACUACAGUGUGUGGAAUAUCACGUUGCUUUUCUUUUCUUUUCUUUUUUUUUACUCCUGAGAUUUAAUUAAAAGUGACCGUUAGGUAGCUAGGUGAAAUUAUUUGUUUAAAUAAAGAAAAUAGUGCUGAUGUUGAAGUGAUUUCACAUUUUUUCACGCUACACUUCCUGACAGGAAUUUCACACUUGAUCACAAUUAGUGAGCCUGAGCAACUGAUGUUCAUUCGGAACGGAAAACAAUCCAGCUUUGUGUUAGAUAGUUUUGCACUACACAACGCGACUAUUCGUUUGAUUUGAUUCUAUUUUUUGUUUAAUUCACAAAUCCUCAAUGGAUCUCAAGAGACAUGGAUGAAGAGGCGUCACUUGAGAGUUACUUUGACCAGUCAAUUGCCGGUUCCUCUGAGUACAUAUUUGGCGGGGAUUUGGGUUUGCAGGGCCCACCACAGCUUCAGGAUCCCUCUUUCCUCUCCUCCUCUAUCUCCAAACAACAGAAAGAAGUCUCUGAGGAUCUGGACCUGAGCUUUCUGCCUGAUGAGCUUAGUGCUCAGGGUGAAGGGGGAGAGAAUGCAGGAGUGGACUCUGCAGAGGACAGUGGUGUUUAUCUGGACUGUACAACUGCAACGUCGACUGAAGCAGACACUGAUGUCAAUAAGAGUCAGCCUGCAGCCUCCCCCUUCUGCAACCUCCCUAUGACCCCCAUGACACCCAUGACCCCUGUCGCCCCUGUGACUGAACGUUCAGGAAUCAUCCCACAACUACAGAAUAUAGUGUCCACAGUAAACCUGGCUUGUCCUCUAGACCUGAAAGCCAUCGCCCUUCAAGCUCGAAAUGCUGAGUACAAUCCAAAGCGUUUUGCUGCUGUAAUUAUGCGGAUCCGUGAACCCAGGACCACUGCCCUCAUCUUCAGCUCAGGAAAAAUGGUCUGCACUGGUGCAAAGAGUGAGGAGCAGUCUCGCCUUGCUGCAAGGAAGUAUGCCCGGGUGGUACAGAAGCUUGGAUUCCCAGCCAAAUUUCUUGACUUCAAAAUCCAGAACAUGGUUGGCAGUUGUGAUGUGUGUUUCCCCAUACGGUUGGAGGGCCUGGUUCUGACUCACCAACAGUUCAGCAGCUAUGAACCCGAGUUGUUUCCUGGUUUGAUCUACCGUAUGGUGAAGCCACGGAUUGUCCUCCUGAUUUUUGUGUCUGGAAAAGUUGUUCUUACAGGUGCUAAAGAUCGCUCCGAAAUAUAUGAAGCUUUUGAGAAUAUCUACCCAAUUCUGAAAGGAUUCAGGAAACAGUAAAAAAGAAACUGCACUUCUACUUUUUAUUGAGUUCUGAUAUGUCAGUAUAUGAGGUGAUUGUCUCUGUUUAGAUAUGUACUUUUAUUGAAAGUGAUUCGUUAAGCUUUCACUUGAAUCAAACCUUUUGUUAUGGGACAUUUUGUAUUUUGUUUGCAAAUAUUGAGCAUGUUGUUUGUAUGUGUUUCUGUAACUGUGCUUACUAUUUGAGUGGUUAGAGAGGUAAAUGUUUUGUUAACACAUUUUGCUACAUAGUAAACUGAAAUAUAAAAGUCUGAUUUUCUGACAACUGGUUCUGAUUUUCAUACUAGAAAAAUGACACAAUCCACCAUGCUGUAUCAGAGCCUAUGUGCAUGUCGUGUUUGCAUUUCUCAUGUUGCAUUGUUUUUCACAGCUUGUUCUCCAGGCUCACCAACGCCCAAUUCUCCUGACAGAAUGUUCCUCUAGCCGUGUC